GAAGGAGAAUAAGCGCGCUUAGACAAAACAUGUCGACGGAGGUUUCCCGUAUGGUGAAGUGUUGAGGGGUGACGGCGGUUCUCGUAGCAUUAUGGCAGCCCCCUUGAAAAGAAUUAAACUCAGUCAUGCCCACCGAAGCUCAUCAGACAGUGUCCCCUCCGGCAGUCAGCCCAGUGGAGCCAACGAGGCUGGCUGUCCUUUUGUGGAGGGUGCGGUACUUCGCAUCACCAUGAAAAACUUCCUGACGUACGACUACACCGUGGUACAUCCUGGACCAAACCUGAACAUGGUUAUCGGAGUAAAUGGAACCGGCAAGUCCAGCAUUGUAUGCGCAAUCUGUCUCAGCCUGGCAGGAAAGACCACCAUCCUGGAAAGAGGAGACAAGAUCGGGAGCUACGUGAAACGAGGAUGUGACCAAGGAUUUGUUGAAAUUGAACUUUUCAAGAGUAGUGGGAAUAUAAUAAUUAACCGAGAGAUCCACGCGGCAACCAACCAGUCAGUGUGGAGGCUGAAUGGAGAAACUUGUAACCAGAAAACGGUGGAGGAAAAAGUCAAGGCUCUGCAAAUUCAAGUGAACAACCUUUGCCAGUUCAUGCCUCAGGGAAGAGUGGGGCAAUUUGCCAAAAUGUCCAAAAUCGAAUUGCUGGAGGCGACCGAGAAGUCUGUGGGUCCGCCGCAAUUGUUUCAGUAUCACUGCGAGCUCAAAAGCUUUCGCAACAAAGAUAGAGAAAUGGAGAAUGCUAUAAAGGAGAAAACCAGCUAUCUGGAGAAAAGCAAGCAGAGAUACGAGAGAAACAAACUUGACGAGACUCGCUAUUAUGAGAAGAAGAGGCAUCUGGAUGUGAUUGAGUUGAUCGAGAAGAAGACACCGUGGGUGGAGUACGAAACCACCCGGAAGGAGCUUGAGGGUGUGAAGAAGGAACGAGAUGAGGCGAAAAGGGAGCUCUCUGUCCUCAAGAAGUCCCAACUGCCCAUGAUGACCAAGAUUCAGGCCAUUGAAGAGCAGCUGAAGCCUAGUGACACGCAAAUGAAGACAAAGAGUGCUGCCAUUAAAGAAGCUUCUUUAAAAUGCAAACAAAAACAAGAUCAGUUGGAUCGACUCUUCAAAGAGAUUGAAGAUAUAAAACAGGCAUUUAGAAUGAAACAAACAGAAGAAGAAGAUCAGAGGAAGCGUAUCAUAAAUGUAAAACUGAUGAUCGAGGACUUAAAAGUUGGGCUUGCUGAAAUCGAAAACCAGCCCGACGUGACGCCGAGGAUCAGUGAAGUCAAUGCUGAGUUGAGGCACAUCCAACUGGAGAAGAGCAAAGUGGAAGAGGAGAAAGCCAACCUGUGUCGCGAGAAGAACAACCUUGUUGCAGAGAUGAGAAUGUUGGAGAAAAAGCUCGGCGACAUGAAUAACAUGAUGAUGGUAAAAGAGGAGAAGCUGCGUGGACGCCACAGGGACACACACACAGCCUUGCAGUGGCUCAGGCAGAACCGACACCUCUUCAGCGGAAACGUCUACGAGCCCUUGAUGCUUGUGAUUAACAUGAAAGAUCACCGCUUUGCCAAGUACAUGGAGAACCACAUCGCCUUCAAUGACCUCAGGGCGUUUGUCUUCCAGAGGAAGGAUGACAUGGCAAAUUUCAUGAAAGAGGUGCGUGACAACAUGAACUUGAGAGUCAAUGCUAUUAUUGCUCCAAGAGAGACGUGCUCAAGAAUGACUCCAUCGCGGCAUAUCGAGUCCUUGAGGCGAUUUGGGUUCUUCACCUAUCUGCGUGAGACCUUCGAUGCCCCCGAUGAGGUAAUGAGUUACCUCUGUCAUCAGUAUAAAGUGCACGAGAUCCCCAUCGGCAAUGAGCAGACUGAAGCCAUGAUAAAUACGGUGAUACAGGAGCCCUACAUCAAGGUGAUAUACACAAAUGACCAGAAGUACACGAUAAAGAAGUCCUUCUACUCCAACAUUACCGCUACCAAAAACACAACCGUGUAUCCACCCAAGUACCUCGGUAUCACUGUGGACACCGAGCAGAAGAUGCAGCUGGAGCAGCAGAUGAAGAUUUGCCAGUCCAGGGUUCCAGACAUUGAUGAGCAGCUGCACCAGCUUCAAAAAGAAGCGACCGUCCUGGAUCGCCGUGAGAAUGAACUGUUGACAGAGAAGAAGACGCUCUUGGAAUUAAAGGGCAAAAAGAGACAACUCGAGCAGAAAAUCAGCAACAAACAGGACAGACUGAGGGAGCUGGAGCAAAGCGGAAUCGACCUGAAGAAGAUUGAGGCAGAGACAAAAGAGAAAAUAAGUGCUGUCAAUUCCAAGAAGACAUCUAUAGUUACUGCAUUAUUGGCACAAAUUAAGCUGCGAGCCAAGUUGACCAUGGAGAAGGUGUACCUGGCCUUGGAGAUGGUGGCGCUGUUGGCAGAGAAGACUAAGCUGACUAACAUUUGUAGAGAAAACACAAGUGCACUCAAAGAGAUCAGUGACAAAUGCAGCCGGCUGGAUGAGAGUACAGUCCUGCUCAAACAACAAUGCAAAGAGUUCCUGAACAAAGCCAAAUCAAUCUGCCGGAUGAAGCCCGACGAGGCGUUACCGCAGCACCUCCAUCAUGCUUUCACUAAGCUGCCCGACACGCUGGACGAGUUGGAGGUCAUGUUGAAUGAAGAGCGGUCCAGAGCCGAGUGCUUUCCGGGACUCAGUAAUAAGGUUGUGGAGGAGUGCAAGAAGCGAGAGCAGGAAAUCAGAGAGCUGGAACAAGAGCUGGCUGAGAAGAACGCGGCCUUCACUGCUUUCAGACAAAAGAUGUCACAGGCCAAAGAAAACUGGCUUAACCCUCUGAAACAGCUGGUGGAACAAAUCAACGACAAGUUCAGUGAUUUCUUCCACGCCAUGAAGUGUGCAGGAGAAGUGGAUUUGCACUUUGAAAAUGAGGAGGAAUACGACAAGUAUGGCAUCAACAUUCGGGUCAAGUUCCACGAGAGCAGUCAACUGCAUGAACUGACACAAUUCCGUCAGAGUGGAGGAGAGCGCAGCGUUUCCACCAUUUUGUACCUCAUGGCCCUGCAGGAGCUCAACCGCUGCCCCUUCAGAGUGGUAGAUGAGAUCAACCAGGGUAUGGAUCCUAUCAAUGAGAGGAGAGUUUAUGACAUUCUGGUCAGCACCGCCUGCAAAGAGCAAACGUCGCAGUACUUCUUCAUCACACCCAAAUUGCUGAAGAACCUCAGCUACGUCGACGAGAUGACCUACGUUUGUAUCCAAAACGGCCCUUUGAUGCUUGGCGCCGACAAGUGGGUCGAGGAGGCGUUCUAUCGACGCGUUCGCCGGAAAAAGCAAACUCAGGCUAGAUCGAGACCUUGAGUAUUGCCUUCAGAUUCUGUGGCCACAUUCACGAUGGUCUGAAAGAAGCUCUGUAAGCAUAUGCGCCACAGGUGAACGUAGAACAGGAGGUGGAGGUUAUCGCGCCAUUGGAUGGUAUCUGGCUUCAUGUUACAAUAUUACGUUUUGGAUGGAGUAAUCUGCUCACAAUAAAUGGCACUCAUUUCCUAUCACAGCUAGCUUUCUCUGGUUAGCCUGUCGAACGGGAGUGUCCAAACUACGGGCUCCUGUCCAUUUUAGCGGAUGUAACAUUUUAAAACUGACGUUUGACACAAUUUUAAAAUAGGAAGAACUGUUUAAGAGUUGUGGGUUUCAAAAAGGAUCAUUAUAGAGCGCUUGUUUUAUGCUGUAUAAUGUAAAGAUGCAAAAAGGUACAACAAAAAUAGCACCUCAACAGCUAAAGUUCUUACCUAAUUUUUUCAAAUAACUUCAUUACAAUGACAUUAUAUAAUUUCUUAGUGUUUUGUGUUUUAUAUGUAUAUAUAGAAGUCCAAUUUUAAAGUGGCCCUUGCAUUAUUCCAUUUAUAUGUAAUGUGGCCUUAAGCGGAAAGUUUUUUUUAAUUUUAUUUUACUGAGCUGCAGUCUUUUGUGGUAGCACACAACUGCAGAAACUAGUUGACAUUUAUUUUGGUUUAAUGGCAAAUUGUGCCACAUUUGAGAAGUUCCACUCUAUUUCCUUCAUGAUGUGUGACUCGCACCAAUUUGGAAAUCAGGCAGCAUCCCAGAUUGGUUGUGAGGAUUUAAAUUUUGGGGGGUACAUCAAUGCUAACAACGGCAUCGGACUUGAAGGAGCACUGGGAGACUCCAACAUGAAAAGUGCAUCACAUUAAUCCAGUUGAGAUGUAACAAAGGCAUGAAUUAUCAUUGCUGAAUGCUGACGAAAGU